CGUCACAGCUCAUUCGUCUUCUUGACUUGCACCUGCAAUAAACUUGCAAGCUCUAAUGUAAUGAUAAUUAUACAAUUUAUCAAUAUUUUGCAAAAUCAUGUCUCUUACGAAAGGGUACAUCUCCUUUAGCGAAUUUUUCAAGGUUGCUUACAACGCUGCAAUUGUAGAACCAUGUGCAAGUCGUCUCAAGGAAUUGUCUGAAAAGGGAGAUAGGGAAGGAAUGAUAAAGGUUCUCAUAAACAUACCGUGUAUUGAAAGAGUAAUGAUAGUCGAGUCGUACAGGGGUAAGGAUGAUAUUAAAGCGGCGGAACUUUACAAAAGAAGUGGAAUGAUAACUGAGGAUGGAAUUGUGCACGAGGAAACAAAUAAAAGUAGUAUUCUUACCGAAACACUGUUUAAAGCCAGUGUAACUAGUAGAUUGUUUCUGAAUGCGCUUCUAGAUUGCGCAAAAUACUGUUAUAAUUCGAAAGCUUUCGUAAAAUGCUUGAAAUAUUGCGAAUGCAUGCUUGCACUUCCCGAAAACUUUUACGAUAAAACUCCUGAAUAUAAGAACGAUUUCUCGGAACGUAGAAAAGCAUGUACCCAAUUAGAGCGUGAAUGCUAUAAAAAUAUGAAGCUGUUAUCUUCUCAGGACAAAAGACUGCGUAAAAAAUGCAACAAAAGUCAAAAUGUUUCCCCCGAAAAUGCAUUGACAAGAAAUGCUUUGGUGGUACCGAGUGUUGAUAGAAAACAGCAUGCUACUCUUAAAAGUUGUUCCGAUGCUAUUGCUUUACAAUUUGAUGAAACACGAGGUCGACAUCUCGUAGCUACAAGAAACAUCAAGGCAGGAUCUGUUCUUAUCGUUGAAACACCAUUUGCAUUCAGUACGAAGAAGGAAGCACUUGAUAGAAAUUGUUUACACUGUCAUAUUACUCUUAAAUCGAGUGACAGUGUUAAAAUUCCUUGUUAUUUUUGCCAAACAGUAUCUUUCUGUACGGAAAAAUGUCGCAGAGAAGCGUGGCAAAUGUAUCAUCAAUACGAAUGUUUUAUAUUUGACGCUUUUUAUGGAAAUGAUCUUGAAGAAAUACAUACUUCACAUUUAUUGCUAGCUUAUAGAAUGAUAAUUUCAGCCUUUUUAUCUUCAAAUACUAAGGAAAUUAACAAUCCGGAAAAAAGUAAAAUUCCUUUUUUAAAUGACAAUUUUCUUCGAGAUUACGCUGCAAAUAAAAACAAAGAAUACAGCGAUCUAGGAAUAAAUCAAGCUUAUUGUACUCACGAUUAUCGUACCAUAUUAAAUUUAGAAACUCAUUGUGCAGAGAUGGAACCUAGCAUAAAUCUUGUUCGAGCUAUAGAAGCUAUAUUUUUAGCAAAGUGUUUUACUUUUGUCUUGAGUAAAAUGGACGUUAUUUGCUUAAAAGAAUCUUUCAUCUUCUUGGCAGUGGCAAUGUUGCACAACUUACAAGUUAUUAAUUGCAAUGCUUAUGAAAUUGUAGAAAAUAUAUAUGAUAAAAAAACGCAUGCUUGGGAACCAAGGCAUAUAGGCGGAGCAAUUUAUCCUUCGGUUAGUCUUACAAACCACAGUUGUUAUCCAAAUGUAGUUCGCCAUUCUUAUCCAUCAGGAAUAGUUGCAUUAAGAGCAUUACGUUUUAUCGGUAAGGAUACCGAAAUUCUUGAUUGUUAUGGACCGCACUGGCUUAGCGAGAGGCUUGAAUCAAGGCUUGAAUACUUGUGGAAAAAGUAUCGUUUCGUAUGUGCAUGCGAAGCAUGUGCACAAAAUUGGCAAUAUCCGCUACCUGAAACUAUGAAUUUCAAAUGCAAGGUGUGUUCAGAAAUUAUUGGUACAAUCGCAUUAAAUGAAAAACAUAUGCAAAAUAUAUCUAGUAAACGGUGUCGCAACUGUACCGAGAAAAUUGAUCUAAAAAAAAUAAAGAAUCAGUUUCAAAAGUCAGUUGAGAAAAGAUUGAACGCUAUUUCUAAAAUGUAUGACGGCCAUUAUGAACAGGCUCUUCCUCAGUUACUUGAGCAUAUACAGUUUAUUGAGAAGUAUCUCAUCGCACCCAACAUUGAAACUAUUAAAACACAACAAUGUAUUAUUCAGUGUUACAAUCAGUUUGGUUGUACCUCUCAAUAGUAAUAAAUCAACAAAAAAAUAUUAA